CACUUUCCUCUGUGUUCUUCUUCACUUUAGUUUUGUGUCUGGAGUGUCCCUCUCUCUCCUCUUUCUUUUUCUAGGUGAUCUGCAUGCGACAGCCCAGUCCGCUCUGAUCCGCACCAAGCGGUUUCGUCUGUGCCGGUUCGUGGCACUCGAACUUCGCAUCCUACGACAUCAAAUUUAUUCCGCGUCGGUUACGUGCAGUACGCUUCAUAUCUGUAUCUGUGCUUCCAGCUAAAUUGAAAGCGGGGGAAAGUGCCAAGGCGGAGACAGAGAAAAUGGAGUUUUCCUAACACUCUCGACACGAACGCUGGUCUUGUCAAGAGGCGAGGCGGAAGAGACCGGAGAAGUCGUUCCCGUUUGGGAGAGUCCGUUUAGCACAGGAGAAACGAGUUCUCUUCAAGUCCUUGCGACUCUAGGUGUUUUGGCUGCUGUGUUUAUUUUUCGUCUCCCAAAUUUAUUCUAAAUUUGACCGUUUCCUUUCUUCUGUCCAGACACCUGCAUGUCGCCUCGGGUGCUCACUCGGUGCUGCGCUGUGAAUCAGGCCGGUGGUGAUUUGAUCAGCGUCUCUUAUUGGAUGUGAGUUCCCCCACGUUUAUUCGCCCUUUCCCCUUCUUUUACCCACUGUUUCCUCUCUUCGUUCUUAACAAGUUUCCUUUUUUUACCCGCAGCUUUUCUUCCUCUGUAUCCACGGUCUUUUCCGCUCGAUUUUCCUCGCUUCCCUUUGAGACUGAAAACCACUUUCCCUCCCCACCACCUUGAACCUUCUCCGAAGAACAGCGCCGUCUGCUUCGUCCUGGAGUUCCACGCUCGCUUGUUUCUCUUUCGUUUUCUGUGGCUUCUCGGAUUUGCGUUCGAACCUUUUCUGGGGCCGCCUCUUUGGCGGUUUUCUGUCGAGAUGUUGGUGUCGGAGACCGCGAGAGUCGCUGUGUACGUUCACCUUCGCGUCCGUUGAAUCUGCGGCGCGCGUGUCACUUUUCUUCUGAGGUCUUCUUUCCAUCUUGUUGAGUCUGCGGCGUCUCACUUGUCCUGUGCCUAUCGCCGAACUCGCCCUUCUCUUUCGUCUCGCUCUGAAAAUGCUGGACUCUCUCUACGGGGAUUUGCCUCCGCCCUCCAAGGACGAAGGCUGCCCCCCCAAACCGACCUCUCUCCUCGGGUCACUCUACGAUGACCUCGACGACACUCCCGACACCUCGUCUUCUUCCUCGGCUUCUUCUUCCUCUUCGUCGUCUUCUGCUCUCUUCGCUUCGUCUUCGUGGACAGCUGAGAGGCUGCAGAUGCUGACGCCUGCAGUGGUGCGGAAGCAGACGCUGAAGUCAGCUAGUGGCCUGGGCGCGGCGUCUUCGCAGACAGCUGGCCAAGCGAGCUCGAGCAAGCCGCCGCUGGACGUCGCUGCGGUGGCGGCGGCGGCCAGCGCGGCGGCGGCGGCGGUGGCGGCGCAGCUGAAGGCGGUGAAGAGCGAGGCCUUCGGAGACAGGGCGCGGAGUCUCUUCGGGCGCGGAGACAGGGAGAAGGCCGAGGCUCUGGGCGCCAGCGACGAGGCUGCAUCGGCGCCAGGAGUGGCAGGAGGCGUGAAGAGGGAUGAGUCCGAGAAAGGCGAGAGCCUCAGGGCGCUGGGCAGACUGGGUGUGGAGACAGCAGAGGGAAGACGGGGACACCAAGGCGGCGACAAAGAGACAGAGAGCAGUGGAUUCGUCAGCAUCGGCCAAAUGAAAGACGAAUACGACCCAGGAACCCCCAAUGACUACAGCGCCAUCUACCGCGAGAAAAUCAGGAAGCAACAGCGAGAGGAACUCGAGAGACUUCGACAACAGGAACUCGACAAACAAAGAAGGGAUCGAGAACUUCCCGGAUCAGGUUCUUCUUUGUCGGGAGUGGCAUUCGGAGAUUCGCCUUCGACGCCCAGCCCGCCAGCAGCUCCUCCUGCGCCCCCAGUGCUGCCGUCGUACAUCGACCCUGCAAAGAAGUCGUUCGCGGCGCGCAUGAUGGAGAAAAUGGGAUGGAAGCAUGGGGAGGGUCUCGGCGUCAACAAACAGGGAAUUACAGCUCCUCUCGUGGCGAAAAAGACUGCUAUGAGAAGCGGCGUCAUUGUUCAGGGCGCCGAGGUGGUCCAAGCGGCAGCACAGGUGCGGGCGCAGUUCAACCGGCCGCCUACGCGGGUGCUUUUGUUGCUGAACAUGGUGGGUAGGGGAGAAGUAGACGAAGAUCUGAAAGAAGAGACCGAAGAAGAAGCUGCUAAAUUUGGAAAUCUCCUCCAGGUGAAGAUCGUGGAGGCGGCAGAGGCACCCGACGAUGAGGCGGUCCGCAUUUUUUGCGAGUACGAAAGAAAAGAGGAAGCGACGCGUGCGUUCAUGACCAUGAAUGGUCGCGUGUUUGGUGGGCGAACUGUGAAGGGCCGAUUCUACUGUGAGGAGCGGUGGGGGAAAGACGACUUAAUGCCAAACCCCGAGGAAGAGGCAGACAAACCCCUCGACUAAGAAGCAGCUCACGAGCCAGGUGUCCAUCGAGAGGAAAGACGGGACACAGAGACCGAAAACAGGAAAAAGGAAAGCGAGGACGACCAGGCACAAGAAUCUGGGGGUGUCAGCUGUGAGCACAGUGAUGGACUGCGGGCGUUAUUACACGAUAUCUACUGUAUAUUGUUGCACAUUUUCUUUUGUCUCCUGGAGUACUUUUAUCAACUCAACGCGCAUAGGAACACGAACGGUGGCGAACGUACUGAUGGCGGGGGUUUGAAGGCGCGGAGCGAUUCGGACACGGGGCACAGUGACUGCAGAAAAGAGCAGAGGAUGGGACUGAAACAAACAGCAAAACGUUUCGAGUGUGUCCACGGCGUCCGACUGCGAAAAACCAGAGAAGGGCGCCGUCGUUUUUUGGCAGUGGUGAAGUCGCCACAGACGCACACAAAAGCCCUUUUCGGUAAAAAGAGUCAGCCGCAAUCAGUGGUAACGGUCCGUCGCUGGGCAAACCGAUAGGAGAUUUGCACGAUAAAAUGUGGAGAUAGAAGUCGCCCAUGCGCUUGUACGCAUGUUGUUUUCAAGGCAAAUAUACAUAUAUACACAUAUAUGUGUACAAAUUUAACUAUGUCUCUAUGUGUGUAGGGGUAGCAAGGGGAUGUGUCUCCAGGUGGACCAUCUGUUGUAAUUAUCUAUUCCAAGUAUCUAUUGUCUCUG